CAAGAGUCCAGCAGCCAGCAAGCUCAUCGUCAACGCGAGAUUAGACUAGACGUGCGCUUACGUGGACAUAUCGCGAUCGUUGCUGGUGUGGGACACGUGUACAUGUUGUAUGAUGGUGAUCCAAAUACACUGUACAUGAAAUUUUUACGGCGUGUAUUACGAUAACGUGAUCCAUGUUCUGAGCCUAGCCACAGAGAACUGUCAGAGACAAUCAUCCACAGAAAACGCUACAGUCGCUAUUCGCCUCCGGCAGUGUGUUUGGUUUUUUAGCCUUCCCGUGUAUCAACAAGCAGUCAUGCCCACUGGUAGUAAUGACAACGGAUGGAUUGCGCCCGAUCUACCAUCACGCUGCACCUGGCAUCUGGAAGUCGAUCCCAAGACAAGUCCACACAAUCAUCAGUCCAAUGCGGAGCUGCUCGAAGCUCGGAAGACAAUUCUGCCCAAUGUCCUGAAGAUGAUCGGUCACACACCCUUGGUGCGGAUCAACAACAUUGGCAAGAGUGCUGGGCUGAAAUGUGAACUAGUGGCCAAAUGCGAGUUCUUUAAUGCUGGCGGCAGCGUCAAGGAUCGCAUCGGACUGCGGAUGGUGGAAGAAGCAGAGAGGAAAGGCAUCUUGAAGCCUGGGUUCACAUUGAUUGAACCCACUUCAGGAAACACAGGUAUUGGCCUGGCCCUAGCCGCUGCCGUCAAGGGAUACCGCUGCAUCAUCGUCAUGCCGGAGAAGAUGAGCAACGAGAAGGUGUACGUCUUAAGAGCCCUGGGCGCUGAGAUCGUGCGCACGCCCACCUCGGCAAGGUUCGACUCGCCUGAGUCACACAUCAGCGUAGCGCAGAGGCUGAACAAGGAGAUACCGAACUCUGUCAUACUAGACCAGUACAGGAACGAAGGAAACCCACUGGCCCAUUACGACACCACAGCCCAGGAAAUCUGGGACCAGUGCGAAGGCAAGGUUGACAUGGUUGUCAUGGGCUCGGGAACAGGUGGCACCAUGACGGGCAUUGGUCGGAAGCUCAAGCAUUUAAACCCAGAUAUCAAGAUCGUGUCCUUUGAUCCCCACGGCUCUACUCUGGAGCCGCCGUUCUUUGACAAGCCCACCACGCCCAACGUCCCCUACGAAGUGGAAGGCAUCGGCUACGACUUCAUCCCAACCGUCUUGGACCACCAGGUGGUGGACGAUUGGGAUAAGUGCGACGACAAGGAGUCGUUUCUGAUGGCCAGACGACUGAUCAGGGAGGAAGGGCUCCUGUGUGGUGGCAGUUGUGGAGCGGCGGUUUCAAUUGCUCUGAGGGCAGCCCAGUCACUGACUGAGGGCCAGCGCUGCGUCGUCAUCCUUCCAGAUUCAGUCCGGAACUACAUGACUAAAUUCCUGUCUGAUGACUGGAUGGUGGAGAAGGGUUUUAUGGACGUGGAGCAUGAAGGACACAACCCCGAGAAGGAAUGGUGGUGGAAUUUGAAGGUGGCUGUGCUGAAGAUAGAUGCACCUCUCACCGUCCUGCCAACGGUUACUUGUCAGGAGGGCAUCAACAUUAUGAAACGGGAGGGAUUUGACCAGCUGCCAGUGGUAGGAGAGUCAGGGGAGGUUCUAGGGGUGGUCACCCUUGGCAGUCUGAUGUCUCACAUGAUUGCUGGCCGUGUCAAGCCGACCACCCUGGUGGAAGGAAUACUCUACAAGCAGUUCAAAAAGGUGACCCUUGACAGCACACUCGGCCAGUUGUCUCGCAUUCUGGACCACGACCACUUUGUGUUGGUCACUCACAACCAGAAACUAUAUUCCGGUGAGGAAGGGUUUACCUCCAAGGAGGUCAUCGUAGGCAUUUCAACUCGCAUCGAUCUGCUGAACUACAUCACGAACACCCAUCCCUCAUCUUAAUGAUCUUAGAGUGUCGAGUUGUGCAAAAAAAAUUGCUCAGAGACUGCAGUCAUUACCCUGUUCAGGCAGGGUAAUGCAUCUUUUGAUUUUCAAGAGUAAACUAUGGGGAAGAUUCUAGUGGCUGUACUUGGUACACUUUGGUUUGUGAUUGUGAGAGUCUGCAGAAUGGUUUUUCACCGUUGCUUGACUUCUUGGAAUCAACAGGGUGCACACCUUGCUAGUGUUGAAUGUUGUCAAAUUCAUUGGCGCUCACACUCGUUUGGGUAGAGUUUCUUCUUUGUGAUUUGACUGCGUGCACUUUGUUGCACGACUCUGUAAACAGGAGCAGGGUCCACACUUUGCCAGCGUUGAAAAUACACUGUUCAUUCAUUGACGUUCACACCUAUUAUGGAUUCUUUGUGAUUUGACAGGGUGCACGUCAUUGUCGCAAACGCAGUGCACACUUCUCAGUUGUUGCUCAACCUGUUUGUUCUUGGGGAUUUCCGGUGUUACAUCCUGUUAGUCUUGAAUAAUGAGUCAUCUAUUUCAAAACAAAUGUUAGUGGGAAAUUACGAAGCGCACAAACAUUUAUUAGGGAAACAGAACAAAAGUGAGAAAGGGUCCACCUAGAAAUUAUUGUCUGCGAUGUAGGGGUUCAUGGUGUUUUGUACACCUGAGGAGGGCAAACGGCACUCGAGGCAAAGCCGAGGGUGCCAUUUGCCCUUGAGGGUGUACAAAACCCAUGGACCCUGUCACAGCAGGCAACAAUUGGUUUGUUGUACCCUGGGGCAUAGAUUGGAGCGGUCUUAUUUGUUCUAUAUGCUUUUUUAUUGCAAGAUAAAUUAAAACUCUCUGACAAAUUGCAACACGUGAACAGCAAACUAGAUAUAAAUUACAAGGAAAAUUAUUGAUUUUGAAGUCGUUUGUUGACUUUUUUUGUUUGGUUUGGUUUUUUGGGAGGGGUCUAAUAUUUGUAAAAAAUGGUUUACCACUACAGUGACCUGGCAUUCGUAAAGCACCGGGGUUUUGUAGGCUGGUUGAAUUUCAAGAUUGAAGACCAGACGAGAAGAGACAAACAGCACGAGUCUUUUAAUUAACAGAAACAGCAGCAGAGACAGUGAUCGUACUCGUGCUCCACGAGCACAACUGGGUGCAAGGUUACCCCGCGGGCCCGAUGGACACCUAACCAAAGAAACACGGUGCAAUAACAAUAGACGCUCAUUGUAAGUGCACUGUUUCUUUUUGUUACAUGUUCGUAUUGUUGUCUCCUUGUGAUGGUCAAAGUGAAGAGAGUAGCAUAAUCCCACCAGGUCUUCGGGAUUAUUUUGCAAGGGGAAAAAAGUCAUUAUUUGUGUGGCAUGCGUUGUGCGCGUAUUCAGUUCCUGCUAUUGAAACAGAGAACACCGUGGUCGUCAUGCAUGAACUCUUUACACCUUGGCUUUUUAAACAUCUGUGGCCAACUUUUUUUUUUAGUUGAAUGUUUCCUGACGCCAGCUGAGACAAAACGUUUUAAAUGGUCGUGUGCCUUUUGUGCACACAACCUUUACUAUAUAUAUAUGUGUGUGUGUGUACAGGAAGAGGUGACUGUCCCUCAGAAAUUCUCCUCGGGAGACGUUUACAUUUGGAUGCCAGAGGAGUGUUUCCUUACUGUGUAAUGUGCAUGAAAAUGUUUUGUGCUUGACUUUCUGAAAAACUUAAUACAUGAUUUUGACAAUGACGUCACAAUUGUGAAUAUAUGUAGGUCAUUUUUCUAAGUCGGUAAAGGUCAUCAAAACGGUUGAUUUUAGUUGUCCUUGAUAGUAUAGUCGGUAUCUUCAAAACAAGACGUUUGUUCGGAAUUAUGAAGCACAGAUACACCCACUAACCUGGAUAAGGUUGGUUUCUAGUCGGAUUAUGCUGUCGUUCCUGUAAGGUAGCCCCUGUGUGGCCACUGUGUGGUGUCGCGUUUGAAUUAGUCUCUUAACAAUCACUCAUUUACCCUGAUAUCUCAGUUCAUUUUGGUCUGGCAUUGUCAAAAAAUUUGUUUACUCCUAAAUGACUCGUUUCUAAAAUAUCUCUUUACCCCAACAUUUGUUCCAACCUUUCUACCGACGAUUACCAUUAAAACAAAAACAAGAAAGUACUCCGAACAGGGGUGGCACUGAAUUUUUAAUCGAUCACACCUGUACGAAGUGUCUUUCGUAUUUGCUCUAAAACUAAGCCCUCCGAAACAUAUAUUUGUUAUAUGAAAAAUUAUACAGAUUAUCUCUUCAGUCUCCUGACGACGGACUGAGCACGCAGUCCGAAACGUUCAGUAUACUCCCGGUUCUUUUCUUAACCACACAUACUCAUGAGGGAGAUGUAUUCCUUCGCACGGUGCUACGACAAGCCUUUCCUCCUGUUGCUGUCCUUAACUAUGAAUAGCCUGAAAUUCCAACUAUACAGAUAAUGUUUACUUGGCCUCAUAUGUAAGGCUGAGAAGAAUUGCAUGUACCUUUAACGAGUGGCAUUACGUCAGGGUAUUAACCAUAAGUACGUUUAAUUACACGAGUUGCACAGCUAAAUGGGUAGUAGCCAUCAGCUUACCGUAGAAUCAGUAAACAUGGAAAGGGGUGAAUAAACUUUUAAGUGGAUCUGAAAUAUUUCGGCUUAAACAGAGGUAAAGACCUUUUAAUUUUUGGCAUGAGGGGGAAAACAGUCGGCUGCACAAUAGCAGCAAACUGUAUUUAUAUUUUUCCUAGUCGUUACGAAGUCCAGUUUGGACAGAGCAGUCGAGUAGGGCUAGUACCACUGAACCUCGUAGAAUAUUUUUCUUAUCCCGUAGGUUAUCGUUUCUAUUAGUUACAGAGUUUUUUGUGUUCAACCUGGCAAUUUUAAACUUUGCAAGUAAUAUGUUUAUCUCUUAUUUUAGUAAUCAUUUAUGAUGUAAAAAAUCUAGGAAUUAUAUUCAGAUUUGGUAUAGCUGCUCCGUGUACUCGCAUACUAUGUGCCUCUAAAAUAUAUAGACAUGUAAUCAUUCAAUAAAAAGCUUGCGUGGCAUGAACCUACGGAUCAAA